GCAGGUCAGGAAUCCUUUCGUUCAAUCACACGUUCAUAUUACAGAGGAGCAGCUGGUGCAUUAUUAGUUUAUGAUAUCACAAGGAGAGACACAUUUAACCAUCUAACAACUUGGCUGGAAGAUGCACGUCAGCAUUCAAAUUCAAAUAUGGUGAUCAUGUUAAUUGCCAAUAAAAGCGAUUUGGAAUCAAGGAGAGAAGUAAAGAAAGAAGAAGGAGAAGCAUUUGCCAGGGAACACGGCCUUAUUUUUAUGGAGACCUCAGCAAAGACUGCCUCAAACGUGGAGGAGGUAACAUCCAGUACUUUCUGUUCUCUUAUGGUGCUGCUGUAG